CUGCAGACUACCACACGCAGAACGUAGACUGCAGACUCUACGGCCGCAUCUUCGUACUCUGCCUCGGGAUUAGUCCGGGCAAGGCCCUCGAGGACGUCCGAGUCUCGCUGUUUGCGGGCAGCUUGUGAUACUAGCAUUCAUCGCCAUCUGUGACAUUGGUCGUUGAUCACAAUGCUCCAUAGUCGUCUGGGUGCCACAAUCCAGUCUCACCCGAAGAAUCCCGAAUGCUCGCAGACGUCCGGACUCUUGCAAUCUAUACCGAAGACUCGGUACUGGUACUGUGUCAAUCGAAUCCGCGGAUAUCUCCAUUCUUGGUUCCUUAUACCGAUUUCGAAGUGGGAUUGUCGACGCCACGGUAUCCCAAUAGGUACUGGCAUAUGGCCUCUUCCUUUCAAUCUCCUUCUCAAACGAACGGAGGGCACUCGAGAAACCGAGGCGAUUGCCAUGAUGGUCGCUCGCGAUAUGGGGCUUCCUGUUCCUCGUAUGCUCUCGUACGCAGAUCACGGCAGAGGGCAGAACGGCUCCAUUCUCAUGGAGCGUCUGCCUGGCAAGACGCUCUUCGAGGUGAUCACAACAUUGUCUCUGUCGGAAUUGGAGAGGGAAUUGGAGAGUUUUGCUUCUGAUCUCGAGAAGACCUUUCCCUGUAUGCGGAUGUAUUCGAGCCCGUACCACACAAGCAUAUGUGGCGUCGAUGGUCAAGACAUUCGGAGCAUACGCCUGCCAAAUUGGUUCGUCGGGCCAUGUCCGGGCGCCCACGCAUUCUACGAUACAAUUCAAGCGGACCCUAAUCCUCCGCGAGAGAACGGCCUGGAAAGGGAGUACCCCGAACAUCUGGCUAACUAUCAACGUAUCUACGACAUGGCGCACACCGUUGUGUUGUCGCACGGAGACCUCGCGCCGCAUAACAUCCUGGUCAUGGAUGGCCAUAUUACCGGUGUCAUCGACUGGGAAGCCGCCGGGUGGUACCCUGAAUACUGGGAGUAUACAACCAUGCUGAAAGGCCUGCAAUUGACGGCGGGCCCAGAUGGCCAAAUCGUUCCAAAGACGGCUUGGCAGCGACUCGUGCUAUCCUUACCGAGCUUCUGCUACGCUACCGAAUACGACCUGGAGUGGUCGUUGUGGUGGUUGACAAUGGCAAACUGGCCGCCAUGGUAGCCACUGGCUGUCUUACAGAGUAUGUCUCCGGCCUAUGCAGACCAGUCCCGAAAAGCUGUGUCGGGGAGGAACGUCAUGCCUUUCUCCCGGCUGAACAUGCAAUUGUACAAUUGCUAUAAGA